GACGUCCCAAGGAUCCCAGAUAGCGCGGACCAAAGAUAGAGGGCGCUCGAUAACAAAGCCCCCUGCCGUCGCCUACACAGAAAUACGCAUUUUCCAACCAGAGGCAUUUUGAUAUAUAUAUAUAUAUUAAUGAUUAAAUAUAGAGAUAAAGGUCUGUUUCAGGUAGCAAGCAUAAUAGCAGGCUAGCUAACUGCUGGCUAAUUGCUGAUGAGUGUGUUAACAAGCAAGCUUGCUAACGUUAGCUGCGGACAGAGCCUUUUAUAUCAUAGCUAGUUAGCUAGCUAAAUAAAGAAGCCUUAUCCACCUUUCGGACUUUGUCGAGUGUAAAAGCAACGCUAGCUAAGUUAUUUAACGUUAAUACGUUUGCAUGCUAGCUUCUUCUUUUUUUUUGCAUUUGGUAGCGAGUUUACUAACCCAGCUAGCUAGAAUGCUAGCAGGAACAGUAGCCAGUUGACUAGAUAGGUUUGAGAUUUCGUUUUACAUGGAACAACGGGACCUUGUUGAUUUACAAUGCAAAUCUGAUGUCACGAGCAACAGAACAGACUAGUUAGGUCCAUAGAAUGACGUCAAAGCCCAGACUUUCAAAUGGACCUAACUUUAGAAGGCUAACAGCAAGGGAAUGUUUUUUUUUCAUGUCUAAGCCUGGUCCAAUAUCCCACGUCAAUAUCUGGGUGCCUUCUCUCCCUAUGGGUCCAUGCUUAUGAAUGAAGAUCGAACUGCGAGGAACACAAAGCCUGUCCUCUUGUCGGUGUUAAGGAGAUGUCAUUGACAGCAGCAUGCUUUUUGCUGGCAGGAGCAGCACCGAUGCCCCCAUGUCUAGCGCUAUUUCCAUCGGUUCAUCUUUUCGUUUAUUGCCCGCCAUCUGCAUGGGAGUCGCCGCAGCAGUACUUUUUCAGUUUGGAUAUGGGGGCCUCACCGUAACGUCAUUUUUUCUGAACAUUUUUAUUUAUAUAUCCUUCGCCUUGCUGUGUUUCUUGUUGGGAAGCUUUGGUCUCCUCGUGAAGAAGGGUCCUCCUAAAAUCAGCAGAUUUGAAACUUCAAAGAGACAGUCUGCAUACCUGUUGGACUUGUUUAACAAAUUAAUGAUACGAUUCACUGUGCCCCUUUUGGAGUCUGCACAGACGAGAAGAGUGGUGGUAUCACACAAUGUGGACAAGGCCCUUAAAGAAGUGUUUGACUACAGCUACAGGGACUACAUCCUGUCGUGGUAUGUGCCACUGAGCCGUGACGAGGGACAGCUCUACCAGAUGCUGUCAGAGGACUUCUGGGAGAUGGCCAAGCAGCUGCGGGGCCGCCUGGCUGACAUCGACAUGGUCAAUGUGGUCUGCAACGACACCGUCAAGAACCUCCAUGUACACUUCUGUGACCUCAAGACCGCCAACACCAGGCAGGAGGAGUUGCCCAAGCCCUUCCCCCUGCACCCAUGUCUGCAGAGCACCGAGGAGGAGCUGCGGUUCCUGCACUGCUGUGCCCGCCUGCUCAUCCUGUGCCUGCUGCCCACACGAGACGCCCGCUCCUACAGCCUGCGUGUGGUGCUAGUGGAGGUCAUCACCACCAAAGUGCUGAAGCCCCUGGUGGAGGUGCUGAGUGACCCAGACUUCCUGAACCGCAUGCUACUGUCUCAGCUGGAGCACCGCGAGCAGCUCAACGAGCACCACAAGAAGGCUUAUACCUACGCCCCGUCCUACGAGGAGUUCAUCAAGCUCAUCAGCUCCUCCUCAGACAUCGACUUCCUCAAACAGCUCAGGUACCAGAUCGUGGUGGAAAUCAUUCAGGCAACCACCAUCAGCAGCCUCCCCCAGCUGAAGAAACAGAAAGACAGUAAAGGGAAGGAGACUGCAGCCAUGAAGGCUGACCUGCUCAGAGCACGCAACAUGAAGCGCUACAUCAACCAGCUGACCGUGGCCAAGAAGCAGUGUGAGAAACGCAUCCGCCUCCUGGGGGGCCCCAACUACGAACAGCAGGAGGAGGGGGCCACGGACGAGGGAGAGGGGCCCCAGAGCCAGAGGAUCCUACAGUUUGAGGAGAUCAUGUCCAACCCGGGGUUCCGGGAGCACUUCCGUGUCUACAUGGAGCGAGUGGACAAGAGGGCUCUCAUCAGCUUCUGGGAGCUAGUGGAGAUGCUCAAGACUGCCAACAAGAAUGAGGUUCCCCAGCUGGUGGGUGAGAUCUACCAGAACUUCUUUGUGGAGAGCAGGGAGAUCCCGGUGGAGAAGGCCCUGUACAAGGAGAUCCAGCAGACCCUUGUGGGGAACAAGGGCACUGACGUGUUCCACCGGAUCCAGUGGGAUGUGUAUGACACCAUGAAGGAGCGCUACUACCCCUCGUUCCUGGUCUCUGACCUCUACGAGAGGCUCAUCAGGAGAGAGGAGCAGCGCAGCAGCUCCCAGUCCAGCAGUGAGGACAAGGACGAAGGGCUCCAGGUUCUGGAUGGAGGAGAAGAGGCGCUGGACGAAGGCACUAAAGGCAUCAAUGAGCAGGCCAGCUACGCUGCCAACAAGCUGCGUCAGCUCUACGACAAGCUGGAGUACAAACGCCAGGCCCUAGGCUCCAUCCAAAACGCCCCCAAGCCAGACAAAAAGAUUGUGUGUAAGCUGAAGGAGGAGAUCAGGGCCAUGGAGAAGGAGCACAGCGACCUGCAGCUGCACAUCUCCCGCACAGACUGGUGGUGUGAAAACCUGGGUUCCUGGAGGGCCCUCAUCACCACAGCUGAGGCAGUGGAGGAGAACGGGGAACAGAUGCCGUGCUACUGCGUCUCAGUGAGCCUGCUGGAGGGGGACGACUCUAAGAACAGCCGAUGGAGCGUCACCAGGAAGCUGAUAGAGUUCCAGGCCCUGCACCGGAAACUGACUGAGUGUUUCCCAACCUUGAAAAAAGUCCAGCUUCCCUCCAUCAGUAAACUGCCAUUCAAAUCAAUCGACCAAAAAUUCAUUGAGAAGUCCAAAAUCCAGCUCAAUACCUUUUUACAAAAAAUGCUGACAGACGAGUGGAUGUGUCAGAGCGAGGCGCUCUAUGCCUUCCUCAGCCCCUCCCCAGAGCACCUGAAGGUCAUGGACAUCCAGAAGAAAUCCUCCUUCUCCCUGGCCUCCUUCCUGGAGAGACUGCCUGGAGACUUCUUCUCACACACAGAGGAGGAGGCGGAGGAUGACAGUGACCUAUCUGACUAUGGAGACGAGGCGGAUGGGAAGAAAGAUGCUCUGGCUGAACCCUGUUUCAUGCUCAUAGGAGAGAUCUUUGAGCUCCGAGGGAUGUUCAAAUGGGUACGAAAAACUCUAAUUGCACUAGUUCAAGUCACGUUUGGAAGGACCAUAAACAAGCAAAUUCGAGACACUGUCAACUGGAUCUUCAGUGAGCAGAUGCUUGUUUGCUACAUUAACAUUUUCCGGGACACUUUCUGGCCCAACGGAAAACUGGCCCCCCAUAUCAAGGCACGGUCCAACUCAGAACGUCGGGAGACCAAGGAGAGAGCACAACAGAAGCUGCUAGACAAUAUCCCAGAUGCACUACAGAACCUGGUGGGACAGCAGAACGCCAGGUAUGGGAUCAUCAAGAUCUUCAACGCACUUCAGGAGGCCAAUGCUAACAAGCAUCUACUUUAUGUUAUGAUGGAGAUGAUCCUCAAAGAGCUGUGUCCAGAACUCAACGUGGAGACGGACCAGAUCUGAUGGUGCGAGCCCAUAUGUACACAACACAGGAUAUUGUAGGGUUAAUGUGAAGCAGAACCCUAAUUUUAAGGCUGUCCAUUCCAAAUGGCACUUUUGACCAGGAUUAUGUGUUUUAUUUUGUUAUUUUCACUCAACAGAUAGAUCAUGAAUACAAACAUAACAUCAACACAGAUGUACUAUGAUGUUCCAGCAGGGUACAGUUAAAAAUGAGAUUAAACUGAAUCAAAAUGGAUAAUGUAUUUUCUGUUGUUGUUCUGAGGUACCUUUAUCUGAAAGCACUUGAUUAUUUAGAUCUCAAACUAGGGAGACAAUCUACGGUUCGUGUUACUACGUAAAAAAAAAAUCUGAUCCACUGCCAAGAUCUAUUGCAGAAAGCCAGGCUGUUUGAUUGAUUACUUUGUUUGGUUUGGAUCCAAGUAGGAUUUACAAAAUGUGAAUAGUUGUGAAAUGAAGAGUGUUGUGCCCAUUCCUGACCAAUAUGUUACAUGUAUAUGUUCUUUGUAAAACGGCUUAGUUGUGCAAUAUGUCAUGUAAAGUAAUUGACUAUUUUAUUUGUGAUUGAUUGAUACAUUUUAUUUUUACCAAAAAUAGUUUAGAGCAUUUAAAAGCAAUAAAGUGCUAAA